AUGGCAACUAGCGGCCGCGGUCGCGUUUCCGCUCCCGCAGCCCUCGGCUCGAGGCGCAUUUCCACGCAUCCAGGCUGGUGUGCACGCCGUCUCCACGACAUGGCAACAUUGCACCAACAGCGCAGGCUAUCAAGUGCUCUAUCUCUCUCUCUGUCUCUCCCUCUGUCUCUCUGUCUCUCUGUCUCUCUCUCUCUCUAUCUCUUAAUCAAUCAAUCCUUGGGGCAGCGACUCAGCACAUCGUGA